AUGUUGGUAGCUUAUAUAUUUGUCGGAUUUAUUGUGGGUCUAAAUCAAAUAGCUAAUGUUGAGGUGUCUACUUUAAUGCCGGUUACCGGAUCUUAUGUCAGGCAUUCAGAACAAUUUAUUGAUGAAGCAUUAGGCUUUGCUUUAGGUUGGAUUAAUAUUUAUGCAGCCAUCGUCCCAUCUGAGUUAGCAGCAACAGCAGUUGUAAUGACUUAUUGGACAGAUAUUAAUUCGGCACUUUGGAUUUCUAUAUUUGGAAUCAUAAUUAUUGCCACAAAUUCUUAUAGUGUCAGGUUCUAUGGUGAAGUAGAAUUUUACCUUGGAAUUCUUAAGGUUUUAUUGAUCGUUGGAUUGUUCCUCGCUUGUUUGAUUAUCGAUUUAGGUGGUGCCAAAGGACAAGAAAGAUUAGGCUUUAGAUAUUGGAAAGAAACUCCUUGGAAUGAAUAUUAUAGCACGGGUUCAUUAGGUCGAUUUCUAGCGUUCUGGAAAUGCGUCUCCGGCGUAGUUUAUUCUUAUGGAGGUAUUCAAACCAUUAGUUUAUAUGGAGGUGAAACCCAGAAUCCUCGUCGAAGCAUUUUUACAGCUGCAAAAAGAAUUCGUAUGUAUAUUCACUUAUUACUGCAUUACCAAAAUGAAUCUUUUUUAAUACAUCAUACUGACCAAAUUUAG